AUGAAGGAUAUACUAAUGAGAUCGGGCAUUGAGAUUACUCAUAGCGCAGCAAUAUCCGGUGAAUAUAAAAAAGGAAACAUAACGACUCCACAAACUAGUAAUAGUAAUAAGUUUACCACACUUGAAACAACAACAACUGUUUAUAAUGCGUUAAGAACAGUAACAACAACAGCAACAGUAACAACAACAACUGCUAUUUCUGAUCCUACCAUACCAAUAAAUACUACAAAUGCUGAAACAAUUACAAACAUUGAAGGAAAUAAUUAUUUUAACGAUACUGUGACUGUUACUACUGCAAUAACUACCACUGAUACUAUUCUAAUUAGGGAUGGCCAAUUACAGCACAGAAAAAUUUUGCAACCAUUUGAGGAUGAAACAUCCUUAUGGUGGAUUCACCUUCAAAAAUUACUUGAAAAAGACAAACAUACUUAUCAUAGCAUAACUGAAACAUUUGACAACAGCAGUAAGAUAAGUAAUCUUCCAACCUUUAUCAGUGAUGUUAACAGCGGAAACAAAUUAUUGGAAAAGAUAGUGCAUGAAUUACGAGAAAAUCCUAGUAAAUAUAAAGUAUCGGUGGAGCAUACUGAUGAUCGACAAAGUUGGAUAGUUAUUCGUAUUGGUAAUUAUCGUAAGCUCGAAAAUUUACAUGAAGCAAAAUUUAUGGAUAUUCCGGCAAUGGUGCAUCAAUUUCCAGUGAAGCAUGAUUCACCGGAAGAGUUGAAAGCAAAUUAUCAUAUAAUUCGUAUCAAAUUGCCCUAUGAAUUUCUAAACAAUGCUACAUCCGAUAAAGGAGAAAUUCAACAAAAACAACCGUAUACAAGUUCACAAAAUAUUUCCGGUAUUGAUGAGCAACGAUUGAAGAAUCAAGAAGAGGAAUUGAUUUUCGAAAAGCUUCCGGGAAAAUAUAUUGAAAAUCAACAUGGCUACCUGUAUCGUGUUCAAAUUCAUGACAUUAACCGAGAGUUACCGUUUACCCGCAAAAUAACAGCCGAUCAUGAAAUGCGAGAAAGAGAAAUUGAAAGCAGCAAGACAACAAGAAUCGAAAAUAAGGAUGAUCACACUACCGGAAGAGAAAUUUCAACAACCACUAAUUCAUCGUGUUUUGGUAUGGUUAAUCGUCAACUGUUAUAUAAUGCUUCAUAUAAGACAAUUUAUGACGUUUCAUUCGAACGAUGCAGAUGUGCUUGUGCUAAUACAUGGCUUGAAGAAGAUUGUGUAAUGAUGAAAUGUAAAAGUUUUCAAUAUAGUAAUAUUACACGAAAAUGUUUGUUGAACGAAGAUGAUCAUAAUGGAAAAUUUGAUUUAGUAUAUAAUUGGGAUACUAAUUAUUUUUACAGAAUAUGUAUCGAUGAAGAUAUCGUCAAAGAUGCACUUCGCAACUGCCCAAUGAAUGGAAAGAUAAAGCCUGAGCAAAUUGCAUCAAAAAAGACAAUAGCAAAUUGGGAUACGACAAUAAAUAAAACAAUUCAUUCAACCAAAAAGCGAUCAACAAUCGAUAAUCAAUCGCCGUUUUUGUCAUCAACUUUUGGUACACAAUCUGUUUAUCGAUGGAAAAAGAGUGGAAAAGAAGAAGUAAGCAAUAAAACAAUUACCGAAGAAGUGAUAUUAUCGCCUAAUUUAUGGAGUAAAAUAUUGAAAAUAAAAAAUGCUGGAAGAAAUUUGAGGAGUUUGGUAUUUGAAAUACGGAAGAAAGAAUCAGAAGAAAUAAGUGAUGGAAUAGGAGGAUACAAAUAUAGGAUUGAAAUUCGACACGGUACUACCACUACUGCUACUGCUACUACCAGUAUACCAUAUGAUAAUCGUGCGAUACGAUCUACAAAGGAUUCGGGCUUAGAAGCAAUCAGGAAACGAUUUGGUGCUACAGCAAUUUUUACGGAUUAUAUCACCAAAACGACAACAAUUGAACCAUCGUCUUAUGAAGAAGUUAAGUCACCGAUUAAAAAACCUGAAGUAAAAGUUGUGGAAAAGGGUAAACAUGAUGAAAUUAGAACGAUUAACGGCAAUGAUAAGAAAUUCGAAGAAUCAGUAAGUGGAUUGAAUUCAAGCAGCACAAAUUUAACAUCUAACAAUCAACGAAUGGCAACAACAAAGAAAGAAGUCGGUGAAACUGAAGGAUUUGAUAGUACUUCUCAUGAUUACAAUGAGAAUUAUGGUUUAAAUGAAACUGAUAUCACAACGAUAUCGGUUACGGUAACAGAAGGAUCCGGCGAAAUGACUACAGAAGAGAAAUUUGAAAUUCCUGAAAUAGAUUUUGAAGGUGUUGAUUAUUCUCAUAAAUUUAAAACUGAACAAAAUUCGACAUCAAAAGCGCCGGAAAACUGCUUUGAAGUUAUUGAUGGAUUUAUAUUAAAAGAUACAGCUGGUGGGCUUGAACAAGAAGUAACAUUGGAGGAAUGUCAGUGUUAUUGCGCUAAUAGCAGAAGCAAUGAACGCUACUCAUUUCAAUGCCUUUCUGCUACUUAUUAUCAUAAAGAACGGGAUUGUGUAUUGAAUUUGCAAACAAGAAACGAAUUUCCGGAACAGUUUAAACGGCAGGAUAAUGUCAGUUAUUUGGGAAUGAUUUGUUCAGUAGAAGAUUCGAAACAGCAAUUAGUGGAUAUUAAUUUGAUUGAUGGUUGUCGCCGAAUUGUUAAUAUUACAACUUCAACAGCAGAGUCUGAGAAGGUUUUUGAACCAGUAAACACGGAUAAUUGUUUCGUUGAAAUGCCAAAUCAUGUGCUCUACGGUACAGCAUUUGCUGCAGAAAUUGAUGUAUCUGUGGAAGCAUGCAAGUGUUACUGUAUGAUUGCGGAAAAACAAUACGGUAUUGAAUGCCGCAGUAUCGAGUACUACUUUGAUUCCAGAACAUGCUUACUUAAUAAUUUGAGCAGGGAAACAAAUCCAAAGAAUUUUAAUUAUUCCAUUGUUUCCACCUUAAUGCAUAGUUAUUUCGACAAAAGCUGUUCUAAUCAAAAUAAUGAAUUUUCGAUUUAUAUCAAUGAAAAAUGCUUAAAUGUAAUAAAAUUGUUGCCAGUGAAUAUGAAUUUGUCAUUAAAUCUUUUAAAUGAAAUUGGCACCAAUAGAAAUAAUAUUUUACACCCUGAUGAGGUAACAAACACUUAUGAUAGUGACAGUGGCAAUGAUUUUAUUGACAGUCAUGUGACCUUAGCAGUAAAUCCUAUUCAUUCCACUGAGUAUGCUACUCAUUUAACCUAUCAUGACCUUUCAAAAGAGAUGAGAGAAGAAAAAGACAAGGAAGACAUACUGCGAGAUCAUGAUCUGAUGACGAAAUACACAACAACAGUAAUUUCAGCUGAUGAAAACUACACUAAUUUUAUGACUGUUAAUAAUUCAUCUUCGAAACUAAAUAAUACAGUAGCUAAUCGUGUUACCACAACACCAAUGAAAAUGGAUUAUGCUAUUAAUAAUCAAACAUUAAAAACUACACCACCUGCGGAAAUUACAACAUAUCCACAUCUUCAAAAAUGUGUCUAUUCCGCCAUCUAUCGAACAUCAUUCCGCGGUAUCAAAUUAAUCAAGCGAGUUUUAAUUUCCAGUCCUCAACAAUGUUUCUAUGGAUGUCAUUUUGAAGGUUGCCGAUCAUCAAAUUUGAUUCAGGUUGAUAAUCAAACAUAUUCUUGUGAAUUAUUCAGUGAUGCUUUAAUUGAUUAUCGUACACCAGACGUAUUAGUAUACGAUAGAGGUAGUGUAUAUUUCGAUGGUAUUAAAUGCAAUGCAAAAUGA